AUGAAAGAACUUUCAUUAAAAUGUCCUUCAUGUUCUCAUUCCUAUUCGUGUAAUUCUUUUCAUUAUCGUGGAAAACUUCCUAUCAAUCGACGUUUACAUUAUCUUCUAUCUAUUCGUCGUAAAUAUAAACGAAUCCCAACACCGAAUACAUAUAAACGUCGUUUAUUAGAUAAUUUUACUAAUAAAUCUCGUUCAAAAUUAUUCAUUAAAUGUACACAAUGUAAUGAAAUAAGAACAUUUCAAGGAGCAACAAGAAAAGAAAUUCCAAAUAGAAUCAUUAAUAAAAUUGAACCACCAAAACCAAAACCACAACCAAACACUCUUUCUAAUAAUAUUAAAUUAAAACAAACAUUUGAAAAAGUUUCUUGUCGUUUUCUAAAAAAAGAAAGCAAUCUUCGAGCAUUUCUUGAACAACUUUAA